UUAUUUAUUCAUUAUAAUUAACAGGGAAGAUCCUAAUUGACGAUUCAGUGGAAUAUCUUUAAAUUAAUAUUUCCUACAGGAACCCGUCCAGCGCCUUCAGCGAUCCCAAAAGCAAUAGUGAUGCCAUGUAGCUUGUCCACAGGAAAUUCUUUAAUACUAAUUAAGGUUUGGCUGCUAUAGCCCACUGAGGAAAGGAAUGCCGCCAAAUAAAAGCAAACGUCCAUUUCGAGAUGAAAGUCCAGAACAAGAUGGGCUUUCUAAAAAACCAAGGCCAGAUACAGAGGAAGAUGAGGAUGACAAAGAAAUGCAGGAUGGCGACAAGAAUAAAGCCAACUCUAGUAAAGCUGGGGGUAAGGUACUGCGUAGUCCCAGUGUAUCGUCCCACAACAAACCAGCAGAGUUAUUCAGAAAAGACUUGAUUAGUGCUAUGAAGCUAGCAGACUCGGAGCCUCUCAAUGCAGAGAACUACCACCUCAUAGCAGACCAGUGGAAACAGGAUUGGGAGAAGGGUGUCCAGGUACCGGUCAACUCUGAAGCCAUCCCUACAGCUGAAGUCAGUGAAAAGAGACCAUGGACAAAGCUUGGUGGAGACUUUAAAAUACCUAGAAAGUUCCUUCAUGCUAUGAAAGACGAGAGUUUCCAGCAGAGUGUCCAUGAGUUCACUGGGAUGCAGCAAUUGUCAGAAUCAGUGGUCCGUUAUGACUUAGAUGAUCUGGAUGUCUGCUGGCUUCAGAAAGCAAACGAAGAGAGAGAAGAAAAUGCUGAAAUCCUGAUACAUGAAUGGACAAUGGAGAGGAUAAUUGAGGCUUUGGAGAAUCAGUGUUAUGAAAAGAUGCAAAACAAGAAGAAGACAGAGGAAGGACUUGGUAUCGAGUAUGAUGAGGAUGUCGUUUGUGAAGUCUGUCGUUCGCCUGACAGUGAGGACAAUAAUGAAAUGGUGUUCUGCGAUGGCUGUGAUAUAUGUGUCCACCAAGCAUGCUAUGGCAUACAGAAGAUCCCAGAGGGGAGCUGGUUGUGUCGGGUGUGUGCCCUGGGCAUCAAACCGCGCUGCAUCCUCUGUCCCAAGAUAGGUGGUGCCAUGAAGAGUACACGAAGUGGGACCAAGUGGGCCCACGUAAGUUGCUCUCUAUGGAUCCCAGAGGUCACCAUUGGCUGUGUAGAGAAGAUGGAACCAAUCACAAAGAUUUCACAAAUACCUGCAAGUCGAUGGGCCUUGAUAUGUUGUUUAUGUAAGGAGCGGACAGGAGCCUGUAUCCAGUGCUCGGUUAAAGCAUGUAAGACUGCAUUCCAUGUGACCUGUGCUUUUCAAUACAAACUGGAGAUGAGGACAAUUCUCACAGAAAAUGAAAGCGAUGAGGGCAUCAAGCUUAAGGGGUAUUGUCCCAGACACAGUAAGAAUCGAGAGCAUGGGAAUGCUGACUCAGAUACAGACUCUCCAAGGAAGAGCCUGUCUGGUUCACCUCGAAAGGAACUUACUGAUGAGGAGAUCGCCAGAAUGAGGGCAGAGAAGUUGAAGCAACUAGAAGAGGAGUUUUAUAAGGAGAUUGACACUGAUGAGAUAUCCAGUGCUCUGCAGGUGGAUGCAGGCACCAUAGAAUUGAUAGCAGCUUAUUGGAAACUCAAACGCAAGACAAUGUUUGAUGCCCCAUUGCUGAUGCCGAAGACAGAGGAGGAAGAUCUGCUAGAGAAACAACAGGAAGACAGCCUCAUAGCACGGAUGAAGAUGUUUGUACAACUAAGACAAGACCUGGAAAGGGUGCGAAACCUUUGUUACAUGGUUGGUAAACGUGAAAAGAUGAAAAAACAAUUCUACAAGUUACGAGAGCAUGUGUUCAUGGGUCAGGUGAAGGUGUUGACAGACAAGAAACUGUCAUUGACAGAUAGGGAGGUGAAAAGGAUUGUCAGGAAGUAUCAUCACCACAGUAUCUAUGACUGGAAGACUGUGGAAAAGUAUGGUUUCAAUCCUGCACCAGUCGAUGAUGAUGAAAAGGAAGAAGAUCCCUAUCUGGUACUGGAUAUGCCCGGGGAACACCUUCCUCUGGACCUUAAUUUAGCAUCUGAGAGUUCUCCAUGUGAGGAAAGCAUAAAGACAGAUUUAGAUUCUAAGCCAGAAUCAAAACCUGUGUUCUCACACAGGACAGGCUUGGCAUCUAGAAAAGGAUUUUCUCGCAGGAAGGCAAAACAUGUUAAAAGAAAGUUGAUGAAAGCAGCAUUGACCGUAGAGAAUGGUGAUGAAGACAUUGAUGUUGUUUCUGAUAUUGUAAUAGCAAAAGAUCCUUUGGAUGGCCUUGACUGCGUAUCUGAACCUGAGCAAGAGGUCACAGAAAAAUUGCAUCGGCGUGGUCGACAAAGUCGGCAUUGUCGAAAAGUUGACUUCCAGCUUGAAAUGGAAGAAACUUCUGAAGACAGUUCUAAUAAGGAUCGAAACUGUGAACUGAAGGAAAAACGUACAAGGUCAAGUUUUCCUUUUUGUUCAGAGGAAGUAACAAAGACAACAAAGUCACCAGUUAAAGAGGAACUAGAGUCAAAGAAUUGUAGUUUGGAUCUCAUUUCAGAAAUUGAUGUGAAAACUGAGAAAGCAGAUGAAAAGAGUGAGUGUUCCGUAAAGGAAGAUGUUGAGGAUGGAGAUUCUUAUGUGGGCUCUAGAGAGCUACGGAGUGCUUCUGUUAAAUCUGAGGUGGUAGUUUCAGCAAAAACAGAGGGAUCUUUAAAACCAAAACCAAAUGGAAAGGUGUCUGACCGUGUUAAAUCUGAGCUGGGUCAGUUAAUGAAGAUAAACAAACUCAUGGUUCCUGAUAAGAUCAAGAUGAAAGUGCAAAGAGGACUUUUUAGGGCAUCCUCUAAAUCUAGAUUAAAACAAUUAAAUGGUGUGCUAGACAGAAAACAAACACGUCUUGACAGUUUCUUUAAAAAUGGCAAAAAAACUGACGUUGUAGAAUCGACAGUGAUUGAGGAGUCUGCAAUAAUUAAUGGACGAAAGUCGAUGUCACGAGUUUUGAAUGAAAUUUCUCCCUCAAAGACACGUCAAUCAGGAAACAGUUGGUACGGUUCCCCAGCAAUCUCUCCAAAAGGAUACAGAUCUCCACCGGUGUCGCCAAGGAGUAGCCUUGGUAACUACAGAAUUCCUAAGAAAAGCAGUUCGGGUGAUGGACAGAUCGUGUCACGUGUAGGGGAAGAUACAUCAGUGACAGGGUUGAUAAACAGCUCCCCAAGGCCUGAAACGCGGAGUUCUCGUCGCCGUAUAGAGGGAGCAGAUUCCAGCAGUAGAGAUAGUUUUAGUCGUCGUAGCAGCAGGGAAAAUUCUCCAGAUAGUACAAUAAGUUUACAAAGUCGAGGCAGUAACUUUCGGGGUCUAGUGAGGGUUGGGGAAAGUGACCGUGUUCUGACUAGGGCUAGCUCUCCUGCAUCAUCGUACAAGAGUCUUGACCACCACACAGAUUUCAUUGAUGUAGAGAACUUGUUCCAUGAGGCAGACAUUGCCCCAAAACGUGUAACUCGCAGUCAACUCAGCGACAGUGAAUGUUCACGAGAUUCUACAGAUUCGUCAACUAGGCGGUCACUGUCUCAUGUACGCAGUCUCAUGUCCUGACCAAGGUGAAGACACUGACACAUUCAAAUCAUAUCUUAACAAUAUUUGUUCAAUUAAUGGCUCAAAAACUUAAAAAGCUUGACAGCAGAUAGAAUUUUUUGCAAUUGAUGUGUAGGUAGAGGAUACCAUGAGAUCAUGUUUAAUCAAUAUUUCAAUUGAUUGUGUCGAUUGUUCAAUUUUUUCAUAACAUUAAUGUUGGUUCAAAUUCACAUAAUUUCCUUCAGGAAUCAUUUUUGACAGGCCCAUGAGGUUUAAGGUCAUUGGUUGAAAUUUGUUAGCGAAAAGUCUUUCAAUCUCGAAAGAUUUAUUUAUUGUGAAAGAUGUGAAUUGAUUUAAUUUAGAAACUUUGCAACUUUAAUCUAAUCAGAUCAUUUAAGGUUAAAAACCACAAGAAUUUUUUUCUGGUGACUAUUUUCUAGGCUAGAAAUGUUUCCUUAUUCUAAAUAAGGAAUCUUAUUUAGGUUCGUAAGAAAACGGCUUUCAAUUUUCAUCUUUAUUAUUUCUUUAAUGCAGAAAAUAAUAUUUUUGAAAUUGUCAGGUAAAUGUGUAAUAUUGUAAUAAGGAAACUUUUUGUAGUACCAAGAAGCAUGCUAAAUUUUUUAGAAUUUUGAAUUCUUCUGUAUUUGUCUGAAAAUACCUAUUUUUAAUUGGCUUCAUAUGCAUGAGUAAUGGUAGGAGGCCUCAUGUCUGUGAUUUUUAGUAUUUGUUAGCCUCUAUUUUAUUUAAAACAGAACCUAAUAAUUCCAAGUCCUAUAUUACACUAGUUUUUUGGGGUUUUUUUUCCAAAAUGGGCUUAUCUCCAAAAGUGGCUUGUGGCGAUAAUGCAAAUUCUAUCAAAUUUAGUGUGUAUGAUCUGCUUCAAAACCAACAAGAUUUGUUUUUGUUUUGUACACAAAUCUGAUAAAAAUGUCCUUCAGCAUCCUUCAACAAGAUCUGGCUAUUAGAAGUAGGAAAAUGGUGAAGUGAGGGUAAUAUGUGGAUUAUGCUUGUCUUCUGUAAUAGAAAUUUCUCGAAAUCCAUGGAAAUAUUUUAGUUCAUUAAUGAUGUGAAAUACUGUAUUAAAACAUUUUUUUUAAACAUGAUUUUUUUUUUUGCAAUUUUUGCAGGUUUGUUUUCAUUUAGUAAAUAGAAUUGU